ACUCCGCGCCGGGACCCCGAGGAACAAACGCGGCUCCGAGCGGCGGCUCCCGGGACGGAGCGGCCGCGGCAGUAGCAGCAGGUGCGCGGCAGAGGAGACCCCGCGUCGCCGCAGCGCCGCCGGAGGAGCCGCUCCGACGCUCCCGCGCCGCCGAGGCCGCACCGGCGCUGUCCGGGCCGCGCCGGGGUGACGCCGUCCCGCCGCCCGCCGCCAGCACCGCCGCUGUCCCCUCCGUCCCCCGCCAAUGCCAUCGGGCGGAGGCCGCGUCCCGAGCCGGGGGCUCCGCUUCGUCCCGCGGGGCGGCGGCGAUGGGGACGGCUCUCUCCACCGGAGCGGUCGUUGCCAUCUCUUUUAACUGCAUCAUCGCUCUGCUCAUCCUCAUCCUCUUCCACAUCCUCUGCAAGGCCUGCAGGACCCCGUCGUGCCCCAAGAAGAGCCCGGCGUCCGACGCGGACGAAACGAGGAACGAGGAAAAGUACCUCCUGCAGCCCUGAGCGCGCGGCGAUGGGAGCGGAGGGGACGCGGAGCUGUGCGCAGGGACAGUGACACCGAGCGGAGCCCUUCGGACCCGCGGUCCCGGUGUGCGGAUGGCCGCGGUGAUGGAGAGAAGGCGGCUGGGGACGUGCACCGCCCUCGGUGUCACCUCGCAUGUGGGGACAGCCCGGCUAAGGGGAUGCGCUCUGCCUUUCCCUCCGGGACAGUGGCACGUGGAGAGGCGGCCGCCAGCACCUCGCUGUGCCGUGGAGCUGAGCGGGGCCAGCACGGGGCCCAUCCCUUGCGGGAGGCUGCUGCGGGGUGGCACCUGCCCGGGGGACUCCUGCAGCGCCACAGCGACCAGGGUGGCUGCGGGAUGUGGAGAGCAGGGGGCACCCGGCACCCACCCGCCCUGGGUUUGGUCCGAGGAGUCUCCAGGGUGCAGAGGGCCGCUCACUUUGUCUCUUUGUCCCAGAUCUGCCCAUUAGGGUCUGCUCACGCCCUGCCCUCCCUGAGCCUGCCUGCAGCCGGGGGCAGCUCAUGGGCAGGGACUGCUGCUGCAUCCUUCUCCCUCUUGCUGUCCUUUUUGCUGCUGUGAUGGGCACCUCUGUGUGUGUGCUGUGUUGGUUGGGGAUCGCUGGCACCUCCCCGUGUCUCACUGCUGCCCACCUGAGCCCACAGAAAGAUGGGGAUAUUUCAAAGCUGUGGGGUCAGUUCGUGUGCCUGGUGCAGCGACACCGAAGGGUCUUCCAGCCCCGGUACCUGGGGACGUGGGUGCAGCCUGGACCCCCCUCUGGUGCCACAGUGGCUGUGCAGCAAGGGAUGUGGUCAGCAUCCCCCCUGUUCUGCUUGUGGGUCUGUUGGGGCUCUGCCCUGCCCAUCCUAGAGCCAAGCAAUAGCCAGAGUGAGGCCCUGGGGUGCCUGGUCUGCUGCAAUAAGGGCUGGAGGGGGGGGCUGUGCUAGGGGGGAUGCAGGCUGGGGUCCUUCCGCCAGAACUGGCUCCUUCCCACAUCAGGUGUAGCUAACAUGUCCCCUUGCAGUUGUGUUUUUUGUUUUGUUUUGUUUUGUUUUUUAGAUUAAUAAACAGAUUGUAGGACCCAG